UUACAAUUGAUUCAACAAAAGUGUUUUGACGACAUAAACUGUUUAUCACCAGAAUAAAUUAAAUUUACUCUCUCUAUUUAAUAACAAAUGUUAGUCAUAAAUAAAUAAGCGAAGAUAAAUAAGCCAUAUAUGAACAUUAAGAAUAUAUAUAAUUAAGAAACUAUAAAAACAUUUCAUCUGACCUUAACCUAAUCGUAAAAAGACGUAAUAAAUUUUGUAUCUUGAACGUAAGAAAAAUAAAGGAAUAGAAAUGAACGUUUUUAUAAAAUCUCUUGUACCUGCAGUUAAACCGGUACCUUUAAUAAGGUGUAUUUCAACAACUCAUAUGAAUUAUAAAGAUGACUUUCAAGAUAUAACUCAUCCAGAAAGCAGAGAACCCGACAUACCACUAUAUACCCAACGUAACGAAGAAAAUAAAGAUAUUAAAAAAGCUCGACUAUUGUAUCAAUCUCGUAAACGUGGUAUGUUAGAAAAUGGUCUUCUUUUAAGUACAUUUGCUAAGAAAUACCUAUCUAGUUUUAAUGAUAAACAACUACAUUUGUACGAUUGUCUUAUCAAUUUGCCAACCAAUGAUUGGGACAUAUUUUAUUGGGCUACUGGUGCAAAACCCACUCCGCCUGAAUUCGACAAUGAAAUUAUGGAUUUGCUAAAAAAACAUAUAAAAAAUGAAGAGCGUCAAGCAAGAAUAAUGCAACCCGAGUUAUAAAUAGUGUACUAGUUAUGAAGUACUUAAUAGCUCAAAUUUUUAUUUUAACUUUAUGAAAGAAUAAAGUUAUGUUACAAUAAUAAAAAGUUAUUUAUUUAAACAU